UCCUAGUUUGAUUUGCUCCAAGUGUGAAAGUGAGUCGACAUUUAAAGAUAAUCAUAGAACUGGAUUUUACAAUUGAGUUUGGAUUAUUAUUUGGACCAGAAGAUAUUAAACGGUGGCGUUACAAUUAGGAGAUAAAAAUGCAAUAUGUAUUGAAACAAAGAACAAUGAAGAAAUUACAAAUGGCAUUUGUAUUCCUCAAUGAGCUAUGGAGUAUUACUGCUAGCAAUUGUUUCAAAGAGCCUUAACACCACUCGUUAGUGGUUGUGGCCACUACAAGACGGCAAACAGCAUUAUUACAACAACAGCAAGAAAGUAGUAGCAUAAUAAAAAUACAGCAAAAAUUUGCACAUCAUAUCUUCAAUACGAUUCACAUAAUACAAUAUAUUCAGUCAACCGAUCCAAUACCAAUUUGGCUUUCCAAAAUAUUUAAUAAAUCAAAGUUAGCAAAAUUAUAUUAAAUAAAACAUCAAGAUGAAUCUUAUAAAUAUGGAUGCAGAAAACCGGGUGGUUUUGAACGUGGGUGGGAUUCGACAUGAAACGUAUAAGGCAACAUUGAAGAAAAUACCAGCAACUAGAUUGUCACGUUUAACUGAAGCAUUAGCAAAUUAUGAUCCAAUAUUAAAUGAAUAUUUUUUUGAUCGACAUCCAGGCGUUUUUGCUCAGGUCUUAAAUUACUAUAGAACGGGAAAAUUACAUUAUCCAACGGAUGUAUGUGGUCCGCUGUUUGAAGAAGAAUUAGAAUUUUGGGGUCUAGAUGCCAAUCAAGUAGAACCAUGUUGUUGGAUGACGUAUACACAGCAUAGAGACACUCAGGAAACCUUAGCCGUUUUGGAUCGACUAGAUUUAGAUACAGAGAAACCAAGCGACGAGGAAGUAGCAAGAAAAUUCGGUUUUGAAGAAGACUAUUUUAAAGGAACGUUAUCAUGGUGGCAAGUGAUGAAGCCAAAAUUAUGGUCGUUAUUUGAUGAGCCGUAUUCAUCGAGUGCUGCUAAGAUAAUUGGUGUAAUAUCUGUGUUUUUUAUCUGCGUAUCAAUAUUAUCAUUUUGUUUAAAAACACAUCCAGAUAUGCGGGUACCAGUUAUACGUAACAUAACUGUCCAUACACCAAAUAAUUCAAAACGUUGGGUAUUAGAUAAACAGCAUACAAAUGCUCAUGUUGCCUUUUUUUACAUAGAAUGUAUGUGUAAUGCUUGGUUUACAUUAGAAAUAUUCGUCCGUUUUAUUGCUGCGCCGAAUAAAUGUGAAUUUAUCAAGUCCUCCGUAAAUGUCAUCGAUUAUGUAGCAACACUUAGUUUUUAUAUUGAUCUCGGUUUACAAAAAUUUGCAUCACAUUUAGAAAAUGCGGACAUAUUAGAUUUCUUUUCAAUUAUACGUAUUAUGCGAUUAUUUAAAUUAACACGUCACUCAUCCGGUUUAAAAAUUUUAAUACAAACAUUUCGUGCAAGUGCAAAAGAAUUGACAUUGUUGGUGUUUUUCCUCGUUUUGGGUAUUGUUAUAUUUGCAAGUUUAGUAUAUUAUGCGGAACGUAUCCAAGUGAAUCCAAAUAACGACUUUAAUAGCAUACCAUUGGGUUUAUGGUGGGCACUAGUCACAAUGACUACCGUGGGUUAUGGUGAUAUGGUACCAAAAACAUAUGUUGGUAUGUUUGUCGGUGCGUUAUGUGCUUUGGCUGGUGUAUUAACGAUUGCAUUACCCGUACCUGUUAUUGUAUCCAAUUUUGCCAUGUAUUAUUCACAUACACAAGCUCGUGCAAAAUUACCGAAAAAACGGCGCCGGGUACUACCAGUUGAACAACCACGAGCUCCACGAUUACCUGGCCCUGUUGGACAACCAGGAUGUCCAAUGGGUAGUGGACCUGGAGCAAUGGCAACACAAGGAGGUGCACCAAAUCGUCGUAUGAAUGCAAUCAAAUCAAAUCAUCCAAAAGAUUUAAUGGGACCUAAAAUGGAUGAAGAUAUGCACAAUUCAAAUAUGCGGACCAACGGAACUAAGGCAGGACAGAUUUGAAAAAAUAUCGGACAUAAAAAGUGCACUUGGGUUAACAGCAACACUAAAUCCAAAUGGGGGGUGUUUAGAAAAUCCAGCAUUAAAAAUGGUAUUCACACCAAAAUUAGAGUU